ACGUGAGCUGACAGUUCGCCGGCAGUGGGUUUGGAAACAGAGCUGUUUAAUCAGUCUCGCUGUGUAAAUUCACACCUCAAGGUUAAUCGCGGCAUCGGACAUUAAUCAAAGUCUUUCAAACAGCAGCAUGAUGACAAACCUUCAGCACACGUGAUAUCAUCAAAUACUGACCAUGCCAGGACGUAGGGGCAAGGCGCCUUGUGGCAGAGCCGUGCUUUGAGCUCUACCCUCAGCUGUUCACUCCAUAUAUCUUCAACUCCCCACACAUUCUUCACUACCUUCUCACCAGCCUGGCAGGAACAGCUGAAAAUGGCCCAAAGGAAGCACCUAGUCAAGGAGUUCAACCACUUCAUCACAUGUUACGUGUGUAAAGGGUAUCUGAUCAAGCCCACCACUGUAACGGAGUGUCUCCACACAUUUUGUAAAAGUUGCAUCGUCCAGCAUUUUGAAGACAGCAACGAGUGUCCCAAAUGUGGAAUCCAAGUCCAUGAAACAAAUCCACUGGAAAUGUUGAGGUUGGACAACACAUUAGAAGAAAUCAUAUUUAAGCUUGUGCCUGGACUUCGAGAAAAAGAACAACAACAGGAAAUAGAAUUUUGGAGAAAGAACAAGUCAAAAGAAAAUGGUGAUGUUGAUGGUCCAGAGUGUAAGAGGGCGAGGAUGGAUGAGGAGAUUGAUGAUACAGGAGAUGGAGACUACCACAGGAAUGACCCACAGAUAGCCAUCUGCCUGGACUGUCUGCGCAACAACGGCCAGAUGGGAGAGAAUGUAGUUAAGGUUAGCCAUGGCUUAAUGAAGAAAUUUAUUCGCUGCUCGACUCGUGUCACUGUUGGAACAAUCAAGAAAUUCUUAAGUCUGAAGUUAAAGCUUCCAAGUUCUUAUGAGCUAGAUGUUCUAUGCAACGGAGAAAUCAUGGGCAAAGAUCACACCAUGGAGUUCAUCUACAUGACACGGUGGAGGUUACGUGGUGAAAACGCCUACCCAAUGGUCCUGGAAUAUCGACCCCGUAUCGACUUUGGAUAAACAGGUCGAGGCUCAAAGCUCCUGCACUUUUCCAGCCUGUAACAAGACAGAGGAAUAAACGGACAUGCUGCACGGGACUUCUUUAACCACGCCGUCUUUUUCGGGUUCUUGUUUUUACUGACUUCUUUAUUUAAUCUUUUUUUCAUCACAGCGGGGACUGUAACAUGUGAAUGCUUUUUUAAUUUCACUCGAGUUUGCUAGCUGGACGCCUGCAGAACGUGUGUCGUGUGUGGACAGAGGCAGCAGUGUCAUUACGGACUCGAGCGAACUCACAGGCCAUAAGAUAAUUAUUUCACAAGUGUGUUUAGUUCUUUUCUUCGAUCAGUAAAUAUAGUAGUGCCUUCUACACA